AUGCUUGAGCCCACUGCGGCGAACCUGGAGAAGAUGACACAAGAUCUGCAGAAGGGCUUGUACUCUCCUGCUCACAUCAACUUCCUCUCAUCAAUACCACGGCCACUACUGGAGGAAUUUGCAACACAGACAGCACAAGCUGGGACAUCAGAGUAUAUCAGCCAAGUGUUCGACCAAUAUCUGAACUUUAUUGUCAGUGAACCAAGUCUUUUCAGCCUUGGUAUGGGCAAGGAAACCUACUGGACAAUGAACAGUGCGCAGACGAGCGAUGAUGAUCUUGAUGCAAAUAUUGACCGGAUCGUGAGCGGUCUGUUCAGCGUGUCUGUGACUAUGGGCACGAUACCUAUAAUACGCUGUCCCAAAGCUGGUGCUGCUGAGAUGAUAGCUGCGAAACUCGACCGAAAGCUUCGCGACCAUAUUCUCAAUUCCAAGGACAACCUUUUUUCAGCAAGUCGAGCAGGCGCGUCGAGCACGACCUCUUCUCGUCCAGUACUGAUCAUAGUUGAUCGCAAUGUCGACUUGGUGCCUAUGCUCUCACAUUCUUGGACAUACCAGUCACUGAUCCACGAUGUGCUGACAAUGCACCUCAAUCGCAUCACCCUUGACACAUCCGAAGACGGAAAGCCUGGGGCCAAACGAUCAUAUGAUCUGACGACUAGCGACUUCUUCUGGAAGAAGAACGCUGGUGCGCCAUUCCCACAGGUUGCGGAAGACCUAGACGCCGACCUCAAGAAGUACACAGAUGAUGCUGCGGAGGUGACGAAGAAGACGGGCGCAAGCUCGAUCGAGGAUCUACAAAACGAUACGAGCUCCUCGGCACAGCACCUGAAGGCGGCCAUCACAUUACUGCCAGAGUUGCGAGAACGAAAGGCACUGCUAGACAUGCACAUGAACAUUGCGACAGAACUCCUCAAGGGUAUCAAAGAUCGUCAGCUCGACAAUUUCUUUCAGCUCGAGGAGGACAUCAAAAAGCAGACCAAAGCACAAAUGCUUGAGCUUCUGAUUGAUGCCGACAAAGGUAAUCAGCCGCUGGACAAGCUUCGUCUAUUCAUCAUCUGGUUCCUGAGUACGGAGCAAGAAGUCUCCCGAGCGGACAUGGAGAAGUUCGAGGAGGCGUUGAAGCAAGCAGACAUCGACACACUACCUCUGGCAUACAUCCGUCGCGUACGAGAGAUCACCCGUAUGACCAUGAUCUCCUCCGCUCCCAUCUCACAGCCUCAACAACCUUCCGCCUCAAACGACCUCUUCCGCGGCUUCUCCUCCAUCUCCUCUCGACUCACAGACCGCCUCAAGGACGCCGGACUAGGUGGCGCCAACUUCGACAACCUCAUCUCAGGAGUCAAGAAUCUCAUGCCGGUUAACAAAGACCUGACAGUAACCAAGAUCACCGAAUCGCUAAUGGAUCCUCAAAAUGCUUCGACCUCCGCCCUACAGAAGACCGAAGGCUUCCUCUACUUCGACCCUCGCUCAGCUAAUGCUCGCGGCACAAUGCCACCUAGUGCCAAGGACUCACGAUCUGGCACGGCACCAAGCCGCGGCAUCGACCCUUCGUUUGGCCAGAGACGACAAGGCUUCAGUGAGGCCAUCGUGUUCACGGUUGGAGGAGGCAGUAUGGACGAGUAUGGAAAUUUACAGGAGUGGGCUAAGAGGACUAGUGGGGCGGCUGGUGGGGCGGCGGGCGCGGUCAGCAGGAAGAGAGUCAUUUACGGGAGUACUGAGCUGGUUAAUGCGGAGAGCUUUCUGAACGAGUUGGCGAGGUUGGGUGGAGAGGCCUGA